AUGUAUCUGUACAAGUUGCGAUGCUUUGUCGUUGUCUCGUGCCAUCUGCUUUUGCCAAAGGUAGCGCUUGCGCUACCUUUGGUCAAGGACCUUUCCGCAUCUGCUGUCGUCACAGAGACCUCUCCCCAGUUGUACCUGGUCAUCUCGAUCGGCCUGGUGCUUCUCGGCGGUAUCUUUGCCGGUCUGACGCUGGCUCUCAUGGGCCAGGACGAAAUUUACUUGAAGGUCAUCCAGACCUCCGGCAGCCCACGGGAGCGCCAGCUCGCCUCCAGCGUCCUGGACCUGCUGGCAAUGGGCAAGCACCAGAUCCUGGUCACAUUGCUGCUGUCGAACGUGAUUACGAACGAGACCCUGCCGAUUGUUCUCGACCGCUUCAUCGGAAAGAAUGGGGGCGGUUGGCAGGCCGUCCUCUUCUCCACCGUGCUCAUCGUCAUCUUCGGAGAAAUUAUACCGCAGAGUAUCUGUGUGAAGUAUGGGCUUCAAAUAGGCUCGGUUCUCUCCCCAUACGUAAGAUUGCUGAUAUACCUGCUUUAUCCGAUAUCCUACCCAAUUGCAAAAUUACUGGACCACAUCCUCGGUGAAGACCACGGGACCAUGUACAAAAAGUCGGGUUUGAAGACCCUGGUCAACCUUCAUCAGACGAACGGUAUCGAGCGACUCACUAGAGAUGAAGUCACCAUCAUCAGUGCCGUCCUCGACUUGAAAGACAAGAAAGUGUCGGAGAUAAUGACGCCAAUCGAUAAGGUAUUCACUUUAUCGUCCGCUACCGUCCUAGACGAGGACACUGUUAACGUCAUCCUGAACUCAGGUUUCUCAAGAAUCCCUAUCUACUUGCCGAACGAUCCAAACAACUUCAUCGGUAUGCUGCUGGUAAAGAUUCUGAUCUCUUACGAUCCAGAGGACUCGCUUAGACUGUCGGAGUUCCCGUUGGCAACGCUGCCGGAAACUUUGCCAAACACGUCCUCAUUGAACAUCUUGAAUUAUUUCCAGCAAGGUAAGUCGCACAUGUGCCUGGUCAGUGAGAAACCUGGAGAGUCCUCGGGCGCCUUGGGUAUCUUGACUUUGGAAGACGUGAUCGAAGAAUUGAUCGGUGAAGAAAUCGUGGAUGAGAGUGACGUUUACGCCGAACAGGAACUACGUAACGAAAAUAACUUUAUCUCAUUGAACUCACCGUUAUUGAAAAGUAAAUUUCGUACCAACACCACUUCGUACUCGUCGUUACCAAAAUUCACAGAUAGAACUGCAGCUGCAAAUGAAGUUGCACAAAGACAAGGGCUCUUAUUAAAGAAAACGAGUUCUUCCAAAACGCCAGUACAAGAUGGCGUAAUAAACCAUGCUGCUCACAACAAAUUGCCAUCGAAUAUGGCAUCGAAUCCAUUAAAAGAUGAACCUUCCUUUGUGAAGAUUAAAAGAAACAUACCGUUUGGUAUGAUCAAUGGUAUCCAAAGCAACGAAAAUAUUAAUAAAAAAUCCAACAGUUUAGCUAGCAUACAUUCUACAAAGACAGCAAAUACUGGUAACGACUCUAACAUCUCGCCGAUCAUGAUAAACCAAUCGUCGAGCAACAGUAAGUUCAGUAACAAGAACACCAUCGAAAACAACAACGGCAUUGUCGAAAGUGUAAUUACAGUGAAGGGUGUUCCAAAGACAAUUAUCCAAUCCACAGAUAUGGACUCCUCUCAAGAUAUGGAAGGUAUAGGAGGUCUGUUACUUGUUCAUGAUAAAAGCUUAUUACAGAACCAAAACAGGAAACAGCAUUCAAGUUCAGAAAACGAAAAUUAG